AGACAGAGAGUGACCCCAAAAUUCCUGCUUUUUAUGCAACAAAAUAUUAUCAAACAAAUUCAAACCAUUUCACUUUCAAAAAGUUUAUACAUAAACAUAAACAGUUCUGUUCAUUACAUAAAAAUAUCUAUGCACAGAGCGCAAGAAGAUCACCAUCACUACACUCACUCAAACCACUGAGCUUUUGCUGUUUAUAGUACAAACAAACCCACCAAAUUGUCUUGGAUUUUGUUCCCUUAUUUGCAUUUUUAGUUGUAUUGGUUCAAGAUUUGAACUUUUUCUACAUUUACACCAUUGCAAAUUCUCUGUCUUUCACUUGCGGUUCCUCCAAAGUUCGGACCUUUUUGAGUUUUUCUCAGGCGGGUUUGGCUAACAAUGGUGGGUUGUCUGAAGUGGGGAGUGUUUCCUGGGUUGGUGUUAGUGGCCUUCACGGUGUCGUUUUGUUCUGCUUCCACUGAUCCUCGUGAUGUUUUGGCUAUUAAUUCGUUGUGGGUGACACUGAACUUACCGCCUUUGCUUGGAUGGUCACCUGGAGGAGACCCUUGUGGAGAGGAAUGGCAAGGGGUUAUUUGUGUCCUUUCUAACAUAACUGAACUGAGAUUAAGUGGCAUGAACUUAGGUGGAACUUUGGGGGAUGACUUGUCAUUGUUUGAAUCUAUUAUGGCAAUAGAUCUCAGCAACAAUCAUAUUGGAGGGAACAUUCCGUUGAGCUUGCCUACUACUUUGCUUAGUUUUUCUCUUUCUGGUAAUCACUUCGAGGGAAGCAUCCCGGGUACAUUAUCCUCCUUAAAUCAACUGUCACACUUGUCAUUAAAUGAUAAUAAUCUAGACGGCGGAAUACCAGAUGCCUUUCAACAGAUGCCAACUUUGACAACUUUGAAUCUGUCAGGUAAUAAUUUGAGUGGCCAGCUUCCUCCGUCGAUGGGAAACUUGUCAUCCCUUACCACAUUGCAUUUGCAGAAUAAUCAACUCGGAGGAGUUCUGGAUGUAUUACAAGAUCUACUCCUUCAGGAUCUUAAUAUAGAGAACAAUUUAUUCUCAGGACCUAUACCUGUGAAGUUGCUGACUAUUCCAAAUUUUAGAAAAGAUGGCAAUCCUUUCAAUACAACUAUUAUUGCUUCUCCUCCUCUGGCAUUUCCACCAUCUGCUGCCAUGCCCCCAUUUACUGCUGAAGCACCUGAGACGCAGACACACUGGCCGACUAUGACACCAAUUCCAAUAACUGAGGCUGAAAGAUCGAGGCCAUUUUUUACAACUCACAGGGCCAUUUUGGUUGGUGCUGCAGCAGUGGUGAUAGUUGUCUUUAUAAUAUUGUCUCUUAUAGUGUCGGUAUGCUGUAAAAGAAGGAAAGUAAAGGAAGAUGCCGAAAGGGGUGAUGUUGAUUCUUACAAGGGCCGCUCGAAAAAGCCUGAUAGUAAAGCUUCAACGCAACAGUUUAAGCACGAGAAAGUUCCAAGAAAUCCUGUAGUAAAGUUACAAGAUCAGUUUCAAAUAGACAACAGAAAAAUGGAGACAAGUCCAAAGCUGCAGGAUGAACGGGGAAAUGGUUUAACAAGAAUGUCUGUUUUAUCAAGGAAGGAUCAUAAGAUAGAUAAGAAUUUUACGGCAUUGCAGCCAUUGCCACCUUCUGCUUCAUGCCCUCCUGUCGACAGAGUCACUGUCAACCCGGUUGUCCCUGCUGAAGCAUAUACAAGGAGCAAGUCGACCAAGAAUCUGAAAUCUUCAAGCUCUUUAAAGGUGUUCAACAUCGCCACACUUCAGCAAUAUACAAACAGUUUUUCAGAAGAAAACUUUGUUGGAGAAGGCACACAUACCAGUGUUUACAAGGCCGAGUUUCCUGAUGGAAAGCUCCUGGCAGUCAAGAAAUUAAACAGCAUGUGUAUUAGGCAACACACCGAUGAACAAUUUCUUGACUUGGUUGCUACUCUGUCUAAACUUCGGCAUCCAAAUAUUGUGCAACUCGUGGGCUAUUGUAUUGAGCAUGGACAACGGCUACUUGUUUAUAAGUAUUGCGAGACAGGGACGCUUCAUGAUGCACUGCAUAUGGAUCACGAGAUCCACAAGAAACUUACGUGGAAUGCACGCAUUCGGCUAGCAUUAGGAGCUGCCAGAGCCCUACAAUAUCUGCAUGAAGUUUGUGAGCCACCCAUGGUCCACCAGAAUUUCAGAUCUGGAAAUGUUCUUCUUGAUGAAAAGCUUGCAGCAUGUGUCUCGGACUGUGGUUUGGCCCCUUUACAAUCGUCUGGCUCUGCAAGCGAGUUAUCAGGACGCCUCAACGCUUAUGGCUAUGGUGCUCCAGAAUUGGAAUUGGGAAAUUAUACUUGCAAGAGCGAUGUAUACAGCUUUGGAGUGGUAAUGCUAGAACUCCUCACCGGAAGGAAGUCUUAUGACAGGUCUCGUGCUCGAGGGGAGCAAUCUCUCGUUAGAUGGGCAAUUCCUCGCCUUCAUGAUAUAGAUUCGCUAUCUGAUAUGGUUGAUCCGUCUUUAGAUGGAGCACAUCCUGCCAAGUCUUUAUCGCGUUUUGCUGAUAUAAUAGCCAGAUGUGUUCAGUGGGAGCCAGAGUUCAGGCCGCCUAUGUCCGAAAUUGUCCAGGACCUUUUGCGUAUGAUGUAGCGGAAAAUGUGAAGCACACAAUCAUCUGAAACUCAAGAUUUUGGUCAGGUAGAUUUCACUGAAGAACCGUAUUUAUAUAUCAAUAUCAAAUGUCGUAUAAUUAUAUAUGUUCUAUAUAGUUUUUAAGCAUGGCUAGAAAUUUUAGUGGUAAUGAGCUAAAAGUUUUUGUAGGGGUACCCAUUCAUUGUUCUUUAUAUUCUUUUUAUAUGUGUUUAUAUAAUUAUUCUCUUUAUUUGUGUGAAA